GGUUUUAAGGGUUUCCUCUGGGUCACCCAGGAUGAUUUUGUAUCAUACUGACUGAGAGCUGAGCCACCUGCCUGUGAGGAACCGCCAUACUCUCUUUCGGCUCCUCUGAUUUCUGAUGGCAUUUUGACUGCAUUGAGGCCAAGUGACCAGCUGCUCAUGAUGAGUGAUGAGAAGAACCUUGGAGUAUCCCAAAAAUUGGUUUCACCUUCAAGGAGCACAAGUAGCUGUUCCUCCAAGCAAGGAAGCCGACAGGACAGCUGGGAAGUGGUAGAAGGACUGAAGGGAGAGAUGAAUUACACUCAAGAGCCACCAAUUCAGAAAGGAUUCCUGCUGAAAAAGAGGAAAUGGCCCUUAAAGGGCUGGCACAAGAGAUUCUUCUAUCUGGACAAAGGAAUAUUGAAAUAUGCCAAGAGCCAAACUGAUAUAGAGAGAGAGAAGCUGCAUGGUUGCAUUGAUGUCGGGCUCUCAGUGAUGUCUGUAAAGAAGUCAUCAAAGUGCAUUGAUCUUGAUACCGAGGAGCACAUCUACCAUCUGAAGGUGAAGUCAGAAGAUGGCUUUGAUGAGUGGGUAUCCAAACUCCGUCAUCACAGAAUGUAUCGUCAAAAUGAAAUCGCCAUGUUUCCACGUGACGUCAAUCACUUUUUCUCAGGAUCCACUGUCACAGAGUCUGCAUCUGGGGUGUUUGACUCGGUUUCAAGUAGGAAGCGCAGCAGUAUAUCAAAGCAGAAUUCAUUUCAAACCGGAAGCAAUUUGUCAUUUUCUUGUGGUGGGGAGACACGAGUUCCAUUGUGGUUACAGUCUUCAGAGGACAUGGAAAAAUGCUCAAAAGACUUGGCACACUGUCACACCUAUCUAGUGGAAAUGAGCCAGCUCCUACAAAAUAUGGACGUUCUGCACCGGACGUAUUCAGCACCAGCUAUCAACGCCAUCCAGGGUGGAGCUUUUGAAAGUCCCAAAAAGGAAAAAAGAUCGCAUAGGAGGUGGCGGUCCAGAGCUAUUGGCAAAGAUGCUAAAGGAACGCUGCAGGUCCCUAAGCCUUUGUCCGGCCCACUAAGAUUGCACUCUUCCAAUCCUAAUUUAUCAACGCUGGAUUUUGGAGAAGAGAAAAAUUAUUCUGAUGGCUCUGAAACCUCGUCGGAAUUUUCCAAAAUGCAAGAAGAUCUGUGUCAUAUUGCCCACAAAGUUUACUUCACUUUAAGGUCAGCUUUUAAUACUAUAUCAACGGAGAGAGAGAAACUGAAGCAGCUGAUGGAACAGGAUGUCACCUCCUCCCCCUCUGCCCAGGUCAUUGGUCUGAAGCAUGCCCUGUCAUCCGCCAUAGCACAAAACACAGAUCUUAAAGAGCGCUUACGCAGAAUCCAUGCCGAGUCUCUGCUCCUCGACCCCCCUGCUGUUGCCAAGUUGGGUGACAGUCUGGCAGAGGAAAACUCCAGAGAUGAAAACCGAGCUCUGGUACAUCAGCUUUCCAAUGAAAGUAGACUCUCCAUCACCGACUCCCUUUCAGAGUUUUUUGAUGCACAGGAAGUUCUGUUAUCACCAAGCUCUUCGGAAAAUGAGAUUUCUGAUGAUGAUUCAUAUGUCAGUGACAUAAGUGAUAACCUUUCCUUAGACAACCUCAGUAAUGAUUUGGACAAUGAGAGGCAGACUUUGGGGCCAGUUCUGGACAGUGGCAAAGAAGCGAAGUCCAAAAGAAGAACAUGCUUGCCGGCACCGUGCCCCAACACCAGUAACAUCAGCUUGUGGAACAUCUUGAGAAACAACAUUGGGAAGGAUCUGUCCAAAGUGGCGAUGCCGGUGGAGUUAAAUGAGCCCCUAAACACGCUGCAGAGGCUCUGUGAGGAGCUGGAGUACAGCGAGCUUCUGGAUACAGCCGCACAGAUUCCUAAUCCCCUGGAAAGGAUGGUGUAUGUGGCAGCCUUUGUGGUAUCAGCAUAUGCAUCUAGCUAUUUCCGAGCUGGGAGCAAGCCAUUUAAUCCGGUUCUUGGAGAAACAUAUGAGUGUUUUCGUGAGGACAAGGGCUUCCGUUUUUUUUCAGAACAGGUCAGCCAUCAUCCACCUAUGUCUGCAUGUCACGCUGAGUCUAGAAAUUUUGUUUUCUGGCAAGAUGUGAGAUGGAAAAACAAAUUUUGGGGAAAAUCCAUGGAAAUUGUUCCAGUUGGCACAACACAUGUGAUUCUGCCAGCAUUUGGAGAUCAUUUUGAAUGGAACAAAGUGACCUCCUGCAUCCAUAACAUCUUAAGCGGACAGAGGUGGAUUGAACACUAUGGGGAGAUAGUCAUCAAGAACCUGAGUGAUGAUUCCUGCCACUGCAAAGUGAAUUUUAUCAAGGCAAAAUACUGGAGCACUAACGCCCAUGAGAUUGAAGGCACAGUAUUUGACAAGAGUGGGAAAGCAGUGCAUCGACUGUUUGGGAAAUGGCAUGAAAGCAUCUACUGCGGUGGCUCCUCCUCAUCCACUUGUGUCUGGAGAGCAAAUCCUAUGCCCAAAGGCUAUGAGCAAUAUUAUGGCUUCACACAGUUUGCCCUAGAAUUAAAUGAAAUGGAUCCAUUGUCAAAGUCUUUAUUACCACCUACUGACACUCGAUUUAGACCAGACCAGAGGUUUCUAGAAGAAGGUAACUUAGAAGAAGCUGAAAUACAGAAGCAGAGGAUUGAACAGCUACAGAGAGAAAGGCGGCGAGUGUUAGAAGAAAAUAACUUGGAACACCAGCCUCGGUUUUUCAGGAAAUCCAGUGAUGACUCUUGGGUGAGCAAUGGCACCUACUUGGAACUUAGAAAAGAUCUUGGUUUUUCCAAACUGGACCAUCCUGUCUUGUGGUGAAAAAGGAAAGAAGAAGAAAGAUACAUCAGUGUACUUCUCUCGUUUUUGCUUUCUGAGGCAGCACAAACCUGUGUCUGUAUAUUUAAAAGGUAUUAUCUAGAAUGAUCAAUUGUGCUUAUCGUUGUAAGUAUUUAAGUAUAUAUUUUCUUCAGUGGAUUUCUUUACAAUUUCAAAUGUUACCAUGAUUGUUUAUAUGAAUGUAGAGCACCUUGAUAUUUCUUUUUAUAUAUGAACUAAUUUAAUAAAAAUGAAAGAUUGAA